UUGUGCUCACUUCUCGCCUCCCUCCCCAGCACACAUGUAAUCCGAAACCUCACAUCUCCAGAACGACCAACAACAAAAAAAAGAGUCAGGCAGAGACAGCAGCUGGCUGUCAGCAGCAGAGUGGAGAGGAGCCAAGCGAGGAAAGAACCCCACGCCAGAGAGGGGCAGGAUGGGGGGGAGAGAGCCGUGAAGUUUAAGAAGACAGAAAAACAACCACCGGAGGUGGAGGACAGUCCUGCGGCGCUGUUGGGGUGUGGAUCAGUCAAAAUUCACAAUAUCACCAUACACCACCAGCCCUAGAAACCAGAAAUGUGACAUGAAUAUUACACAAGGGUGCUAUGAUAAUGGAAGCACUCACAAGGUGGCUUGCUGCUGCUGGAGCGCCAAGAAACCUUAAAAGGGAGCGUGUGUUGCGUUACACAGGGGAAGACAAUUUUGUAUACAGAAUGCAGCAUCGUGGGCAUGAUUUGGGACACACAUUCUCAGUGUAACACAACGUGACCAGUGCUGGCCAGGAUGUCUUCUGAAGGCUUUCUGAAGGAAAUACAGACCAUUGGUGAGAAGUUCCUGCUUAAGCUCCAGAAGCUGCCCAAGGCUGAACCCGUGGAGAUAGUGUCAUUUUGUAUUAUCCUCUUCUUUAUCGUUACUGUGCUGUCACUGAUGACCCUAGCCUGCAGCUGUUGCUGCUAUCGCUGCUGCUGCAAUGGAAGCCCUGAUCAGAGAGGCAGGAAGAUCCAGAUCCAGCCAACUGCUCAUGUGUGAAAUGCAUCAGGAGAAGACAGUGAAAGAGGACAUAGGAGCCACUGUGGCUGAAUGGCCUGGGAAUGACCCUCUCUACACUAACCCUCUGAACGGGCUGGUGGGAGUGAAUGAGAAUACGCUGCAGAGGUAGGGUACGUCUUCACUACCCGCCGUAUCGGCGGG